AAAGUCAGAAGGUCUUCUGAGCAAACCCUCCGACAAAAAGAGAGAGAGAGAGAGUGAGAGAGAGUGAGAGAGAAGUGAAAGCCAACGCCCAGUUUUUUCUCUGUGCCACAGAAGGAAAGAUUGUGUUGGCUGUGAGAUAUUCAGACGUCUGUGCUUCUCACCCUCCUACUUCUGAUUACUUCUCCUUGGGUUCACUUCACUCCAGAGUUUCUCGUCGUUUAGCUUCUUAAGCGUUUAUUUUUCCCUGUUGGGUUGCAUAUAUUUAUAUAUAUAUUUAUCUUUAUAUUUAUAUCUAGUCAUUAAACUACCUCAGGACAUUUUGCACCUGAUCUCCAGGCAGGCUAUUUCAGCCUUCAUAUCACUGAGUAGCCUGCUGUUGCUAAGAGCGCUGCUGACUGGGAACUGCUUAUUAAAAUGGCAGAUACAGAAGCAAGUCCAGGCUUUGUGGGCAAACUGAAAGACUAUGUACGGACACGGAAAGGGACCAUACUGGCUGUGGAAAUACUCCUGAGCUUGAUCAUCAUCAUCUGUUACGCAGCGUCAGCGUAUGGAGGAUAUUCAGCAGUGGCUAUAUGUGAGAUGGUCUUUGCAAUCGUCUUCUUCGUCAUCUUCAUGAUGCAGCUGGAUAAACAGUUCCUGGUCGUCAACUGGCUUUGGAGUGAUUUGUUCCGCGCUGGGAUUGGUGCACUGCUGUACAUCAUCACCUCUCUGAUUUGUGUGAUCGGUGGAGCCGGAGAUGGAGCGCGCAUCGCAGGGGGGGUGUUUGGACUUAUCGCUGGCAUUGUGUUUGGUUAUGAUACCUACACAAUUUUUGCAGAAAUCAAGAACACCCGAGGGCAGGCUGUUUCCACAGAGGCUUGAACACUAUUAUAACAGCAACAACACCCGCUUGGGAAGACUUGGGAAGGAACAAGGGAUUGAAACAUGGCAAACUAAGAAUUUCAAAGGUUUUCCUGGUAUGAUGAGGUCAAUGUUGUGGAGUUGUGAAUGCUGCUCAGUGUUGAAAACAUGACACAAACAGACUGAAAUACCUGAGCUACUUAAUGAUUACUGCCAAAACACCACAAAUAAUUGGAGAUGCUGUUGUCUGGCUUCUUCUAUAGCAAAUAUUUCGGCUGUUACAGCAUUAUUAUUAUAAGUUAUGUCGGGAUGGCUCCUUUUAACAUCACAUGGUGCUCUCGGACAUGACUAGGAAAUUCAGAAAGGAAUGGACUGAUCACACUUUUAAAAUGCUCAAUCCAUCUUGCCCAGGUGAUCAAGGAAACAUCACAAUAGGAAAGGGAACUGAAGGGAAGAAAUUUUGAUUCAGUUUAGGUUUGGAGCUGUGUUGAUUCUCUUUAAAAUACAAUGUCCACUUGAAUUGGCAAGGUGUAAAAUUUCAGCCACAAGUUUCAGGAUUAUUUCUGUCUACUAAAAUUUGAUAUUUGUAUGGGUUAGAGUUGUGCAUUUACUUAAAAUAAUUAAUCUGAAGUACUACGAUGGUAGAAGUGAGAUGUUUCUAUCUAGUUAUUUAAAAAAAUACUACCAGUGAAAUGAAUAGAAGUAAUAAUAUAACAUUUAUAAGUGUUUUGCCAUAUUUCUGUUUCUUUUUGUUUUAGUAUUUUGUUAAUUCAGGUUUUCCUCAGUUUUCCUUUAACAGUAACAGGGAAGAUCAAGGGUACUAACAUACCCUAAUGUUUGAGUGACUGACCCAAGUCCCAAAAGUGGAUUAUAGAAGGUUUUUAUGUUUAGACAUGUUCACUGUACACUUGCAACAGGAAUAAAGCUUGAAUGCAGCCUCACUCUCCUAUUAGUAAAUAACGAUUCUACAGGAAACAGCUAAAAAACAUCAUCGAUAUAUUUUUUUUUUUGGCUCUAUAAAGAACAUUACUAUGUAUUCACUUUUUGAUUUGAUAUUGCACACUUCUUUCCUUAAUCUGUGAUCUGGCCUAAAUUGUUUCUGUGCAUUAUCUGACUACAAAUUUUUUUUGGAUUCACACAACCCCAUAUAAAGAUAUCCGAUUGUUUUAUAUUGUUUUAUGUGAUAUAUCCUGUCCAUGAAGGCCUGCCAUUGUUUCUUUUCCCAUGGUGUUUCCUGCUCGAGGUUAAUAUGCUUUAUUUGUUUUUUACAGUCUUAGUUUUAUUCUUUCAUAUUAAAACUGGCUACUGAAAAUGUCA